AGCUCAACUGAAGAUGUGGACGGGACUGGAUGUAGUUUGUAGCUAGUUUCCUCUGAGAUUUGAGCUGUGAAUGGAGAUCCUGUUGCAUCAGUCUGAUUUCUCAUCGCAUUUUCUUCAGGUGUCGCUUUUGAAACGUCAGGAAUAUAGCGGUUAUCCUGGUAACGCCUGUAAACAAAGCAGCUGCAAACUUAAUCAGACAUUACAGGAGAAACAUAGGACUGAGAUCAUCCCUCAAACCUCAGAAACCAGACUCGUCUCAUCUCUGAACUGAGAAGAUGAGUGAAAACCCUCUGAUGAAGUACGAGCUGCAGUCUCUGGCUCCUGUCUCGGGCCCCGGGGCCUCGGCGGGGCUCCUGCUGGCUCCGGACAUAGAGCAGAUCACGGCUCUGUGUUUCGUGGGACUAUUGCUGAUGUUUUUGGUGUUUCUGCUGGUGCGCUGUUUCCGGAUUCUCCUGGACCCCUACAGCAGCAUGCCGUCCUCAUCCUGGUCUGAUCCUAAAGACGGUCUGGAGCGGGGACAGUUCGAUUACGCGCUGGUCUAGAAAUACAGCAAUCUCACAAACCUGUCAAGAACAUAUUUAACCUCCAAAACUAAA